UAUAUUUAGUGUUUUGUUAUCAUAAGUGUAAAUAAACCACUUCUAUUAACAUCUGUAAACAUCAAUAAACAUCCGUAAUACAACUUAUAAAGAGACGACAUCGGCGUUGUUUUUCAUCAAUUUCAGAAGACGCCAUGGCUGUAACAGUAGCGAUCGUUCUUCUUGGUGUCUGCCUUGCGGCAAAUGUGAUGGCAAAUCGGAAAGUCUGCAGUCUGAAGCCGGAUAGCGGACCCUGCGAAGCUCUAGUCAUCCAAUGGUACCACGUGAACGGCACGUGCGAUGUGUUUAACUACGGCGGCUGCUUAGGGAACCGGAACAACUUCGAUACAAAGGAGGAAUGCGAGCAGAAGUGCAUAGUUUGUAAUCUGCCCGUAGUAACCGGGCGCUGCGAAGCGUAUAUGCCCAGUUGGUACUUCAACAAUGGCGUCUGUAAGAAGUUUGUAUACGGCGGAUGUGGUGGCAACGGCAACAGGUUCAAAUCGCGAAAUGCUUGCCGGCGCGCAUGCACAAUCAAACGACAGUAAACGUAAACGAAGUUUCUGUUCGUCGUACAUGUAGAGACAUCAUGAUUUCGACGCUGUGAACUAAUAUAGCGACUGUAUCAAUGCUUGUUGCUAUUUAUAUGCGCUGGCAGACAUGUUUUUAUAAUAAUAAAUUAUAUCAUGAUAUUUGUUAUACAUGUAAAUAAAAUAUUACAUCUCUCUGUU